CACUGAAACAAACUCACUUCAUCAAUCUCUAGUUGUUACAGUAACAGUUGGAGAAAGAAAGCUCCGAUUUUGAUUUAUGGGUAUCUCGUAUUUUCCGAGUUUCCAACGAACCCAGUAGAGAUUUUGAGGAAACUGGCGAAAAAUGAUGAUUCUCAAGCCAUUUUCGUCUCGCCACGCUUCUCGGCUUUCCGAUCUUCGGCACUCUGUUUGGUUUCUUCACAGUAUGGCAGUAUCUGCGGGUGCGAAAUCUUCUGUAGAAGAUGACGCAGAGGCCGUUUUCCGUAUGAUCAACAGCUCAAACUCGUCGACAGAGUUGAAGGAAUCGUUGAACUCGAGUGAAAUCUUCCUGUCGAAUGAUCUGAUUGACAGGGUUCUGAAAAGGGUCAGGUUUAGCCACGGAAAUCCUCUGCAAACCCUAGAGUUUUUCAGGUACGCGGGUGAUAGAAGAGGGUUUUAUCAUUCGACUUUCUCGCUGGACACAGUGCUUUAUAUUCUGGGCAGGAGUCGUAAAUUCGAUCACGUUUGGGAAAUUUUGUUCGAAAUGAAACGAAAGGAUCGAUCUUUGAUAUCGCCGAGGACGGUGCAAGUGGUUUUAGGCAGAGUUGCCAAGGUGUGUUCUGUCAGAAUGACCGUUGAAUCUUUCUGGAAGUUCAAGAGAUUGGUUCCUGAGUUUGACACUGCAUGUUUCAACGCUCUGUUGAGAGCUUUGUGCCAAGAAAAGAGUAUGGCAGAUGCUAGAAACGUGUAUCAUAGCUUGAAGCAUCGUUUCAAGCCAGAUUUGCAGACUUUCAACAUACUUUUAUCGGGUUGGAAAUCGUCUGAAGAAGCCGAGGCAUUCUUUGCGGAAAUGAAGGAAAAGGAUGUAAAACCGGAUGUUGUCACGUAUAAUUCUUUGAUCGAUGCAUAUUGCAAGGGUGAAGAGAUUGAGAAGGCUUAUAAACUGAUAGAUAAGAUGCGUGAGGAGGAUGUAACUCCAGAUGUUAUCACGUAUACAAGUAUUAUAGGUGGAUUAGGUUUAAUUGGUCAGCCUGAUAAAGCCAGGACGGUCUUGAAGGAAAUGAAGGAAUACGGCUGUUACCCAGAUGUGGCAGCUUAUAAUGCCGCUAUUAGGAAUUACUGUAUAGCAAAGAGGCUUGAGAAUGCAUACAUGCUGAUGGAUGAGAUGGUUAGGAAGGGUUUGUCUCCGAAUGCAACUACCUAUAAUCUGUUUUUCCGGGUUUUCUAUUGGGCGAACGACGUGAAAAGUUCGUGGGCUAUGUACGAGAGGAUGAUGAGUAGCGGGUGUUUGCCCAAUACCCAGUCCUGUAUGUUCUUGAUCAAGUUGUUCAAGAGGCAUGAAAAGGCGGAUUUGGCAAUGAGGUUAUGGAAUGACAUGGUGGAAAAGGGUUUCGGUUCGUAUAGUUUGGUUUCAGAUGUGCUGUUCGAUUUGCUCUGCGAUCUGGGUAAAAUCGAUGAAGCAGAGAAAUGUUUCUUGGAGAUGGUUGAGAAAGGGCAUAGGCCGAGCAAUGUCUCUUUCAAAAGGAUCAAGGUGUUGAUGGAACUAGCAAAUAAGCAAGAGUCUCUUGACAAAGUGAAGCAGAAGAUCUCUAUUUUUGGUCAUUCAGCUUAACUAAACAUUGAUGAUUGAUCUCGAUUUCAUGUCUCACGUAGAAAGUGGAAAAGUUUUGGCCCAAAGAUUGUACUUUCUGCAGGGUCUGCUAUUGGCAUGAAAUCGUUAAUGUGUGUUUGUUACUCUCACAGGUGGUUCAUCCAUUAGAGAGUCUUGCCUGAAGUAUUUGACAACUUAACUCUGCUAAGAUCACUUCCCUUGAAAGAGAAGGAGAUGGAUUGUCAUGUCGGAACAAUGAACAAAUGUGUCUGAUUCCGCCUGGAGAAAGUGUCUCAGGCGCUGCAGCAACAUUACAUUUGAUGAUUUCUUCUAAAUACUCUGAACAAAGGUAUCUUCAUCGCUACUUGUAUGUAUGUAUGUAUGUAUGUAUGUAUCUUCAUCAGACUGCACUAUUGAAACAAAUGAAACAACAAAGACAUGAUAAAAGAAGCCGCUUGAACCUCUGGUAA